GGCAACCAAUGCGAUUGGCCAUUCGUCAAUGCUCCAAGCCUCCAACAAACCAAACACCUACGUGUCAACCAAGACGUUGUCGUUUAGCGUCUCCGUGUAAACCGGAAAACCUUCUUCCUCGGUCGCAGACUCGCAGUAAGCUGAAAAGCUACAUGUCCUCCCGCCAUUGCAGCCUCCUCGGAAAUCUCUCAGCCAGUAGUUCCAGGCUUCCAGCUCCGCCACCGGAAACCCAACCAACUGCUUGCCUGCUUCUGUAGGUAAGAAUCGCUCACCGUUUCCGCCUUCUGUUCCCGUUCUUCGCCGGUACUUCAAUAAACACUUGCAUAUGAACUACAUUUUUCUCUACUUCAUCAAAUCGAAGGGUUAGCUCACUGAUGGGAAUGAGUAGCUCUCCGCUGCUGCGGAUAUGGAAAGCACUUCUUCUUCUCCAGUUCGUCACCGGAGCUCUCGGCUGGGGAAAGGAAGGUCACUACGCCGUUUGCAAGAUCGCUGAGGCGUAUCUGAACGAAGACGCGACGGCGGCGGUGAAAGAACUGCUUCCGGAGUAUGCCGACGGCGAUCUGGCGAGUCUUUGCUCUUGGGCGGACACCAUGAAUUUUCGCUAUCACUGGAGUAGCGCUCUCCACUAUGUUGAUACACCGGACUUCUUCUGCAACUAUGAUUUUGCCAGAGAUUGCCAUGACUCGUCGGGGCAUCGAUACGCAUGUGUGACUGCAGCAAUCUACAACUACACUGACCAACUUGUGUCGGAGUACCACAACCCUGGAGCGGUGACUAACUAUAAUCUAACAGAGGCACUGUUGUUCUUAUCACAUUUUGUUGGGGACGUUCAUCAGCCAUUGCAUGUUGGCUUUCUGGGGGACUUGGGAGGAAACACAAUCAUAGUUCAUUGGUACACUAGAAAGGCUAAUCUACAUCAUGUGUGGGAUACGAGCAUCAUUGAAUCCGCAAUGGAAGAUUUCUAUAAUUCGGAUCUCAGUACUAUGAUUAACUCGAUUCAGAGCAACAUAACGGACAAUGAACUGCCGCGGUGGGGUGACUGUGAGGGGAAUCAAACAGUCUGUCCAAAUGUGUUUGCUUCUGAAAGUAUCAGUUUGGCGUGCAAGUAUGCAUACAGGAAUGCUACACCAGGAAGCACCCUGACUGAUGAUUACUUCCUUUCUCGGCUACCUAUUGUGGAGGAACGGGUUGCCCAAGCUGGUGUCCGUUUGGCUGCUACCCUCAACCGCAUAUUUGCUUCCAAAGUACAAAUUGCUGAGUCACGAAGAUGAAGCCCAUCAUGGGAUAAGGAAGCAACCGUGAGAGUCUUUAUUAGAUGACAGAUGUUAGACAAUUGUAGUUUAGAUUUCCCAACAAGCAAAUGUAUGCAGCAUGAAAUGUAGCUGCAGCAUUAUUGGGCGCCUCUCAUGUGCUAGGCAGGCUAAUUAGUGAGCCCUUAGCUACUAUCUAUUGACUUUUCUCAAAAUCUCACUUGGAAUGAAAGAUUCCUGUAGAAUACGCUCUGUUCUGUUGUAUUGCUUAGGAUGAAUGUCAAACUUUAAGGACACUCAACAUAAGGGGAAGUUGAAUCUUGUACUCAAUGAUAACCUAUUUGUUAAUAGGA